AUGGAGUUCUUUUUUUGGUCUGUUCUCAGAAAGCAUGAGAUAUGUGAAAAGAAGCAGGCAGAUCUGGGGCAUAGACCGAUUACAAGAUACCAAGCAUAUGAGUUGAUCCACGCUCGAUGGGCUAUGCUCGGUGCUGCUGAGUUCAUUAUCCCAGAGGCCUUCAACAAGUUUGGUGCUAACUGUGGACUUAAGGUUGUUUGGUUCAAGGAAGAAAUUAAGAAACCCUCAGAUGGUUUUGGAGAUUGUAUAUUCAUAGAUGAGGAAUUCAAGUCAUCUGAAGAACAAGCUGACCAGCCAGAGCCAAUGUUCAUAGAACAACCAGAAGCAAUUCGUAAUGAAGCCAAUGAUAUGGUUGAAAUGGAGGAUAUCAUGGAGGAGCCACUUGUGGAUAUUGAAAGCUGCGAUUUAAUACAGUAG